CGAGCCCAAUGGAUUGCGGUACUUUCCAUAUUUAGUGACUUUACUUAGGAGUUUCCUAAAGCGCCAUCUGCUUCAUUGACCAUAUAUCUUAGACCAGUACUAUAUGGUCUAAGAUAUUUAUUUAAAAACCAAGUAGUAUAAAAACAAAUACCGUUGCUACGGGCUACAAUCGAUAUUUAAAACGAAUUGUUUGAUCAAUAUUCACGUCACUGUCACAUUUUAAAUAUGGCUGUGGCUACAGAAAAUGCAAUUGCCAAUUUGGAGGGCACCGAAAGUGUUUUGGACAAACUUUUUAAGGGCCCCAGAAUGACAAAGGAGUUCAUACGGAAGCACUGCAAAGAACACAAACUUUACCAGACGCCCCAUUUGAACGACGUCCUAUACUUGCAUUAUAAGGGGUUUUCCCGCAUCGAAAACCUGGAGGAGUAUACUGGCCUAAGAUGCUUGUGGCUCGAAAAUAACGGCAUCAACAAGAUCAGCGGGCUGGACAACCAGACCGACCUACGUAGCCUCUUUCUUCACUACAACUUGAUUAAGAAAAUCGAAAAAUUGGAAAACUGCCCGAAUUUGAAUUCGAUAAAUCUCUCGCACAACCAAGUGAGGAAAAUCGAAAAUUUGGCUAACAACACGAAACUUCAGACGCUCAACUUGGGCAACAACUACAUCGAAACCAUCGAGGAGCUGGAGCACCUGGAGCUUUUGCAGGAAGUGUCCGUUUUGGACCUGUCGAAUAAUCACAUCGAGGACCCUUUGAUUGUCGAAAUAUUCGCGCGAAUGGGAAGCUUGCGCGUGCUGUGCCUGAACGGAAAUCCGGUCGUUCGCAAGAUACCGGCGUAUCGGAAGACGCUAAUCCUGUCAUGUCUCGAGCUGCGGUAUCUGGACGAUCGUCCGGUGUUCCCGAGGGAUCGCGCAUGUGCGGAGGCGUGGAAGCGCGGCGGGGUCGCCGAGGAGCAGGCGGAGCGGCAACGCUGGAUAGACCGGGAGCAUCAGCGGAUUAUGGACAGCGUUGAUGCGCUGAUUCGAAUGCGAGACGAGCGCCGAGCCGAGCGCGCCCUUCAGCAGCAGGACAGCGGGAUGGGCGCCUCCGUUUACGAUUCGGGAAGCGAACCGGCGAGCGUUCACGAGAAUCCGCCGGCCGAAUCCGAGAACGCGGCGGACGAUACGAGUGAGGAGGGAGAUGAGAUGGUUUACGACUAUGCUAAGGCCUGCGAGGAGCUUGACGAGCAAUUGGGAGCGGGUCGAGACGAGGACGAGUUCAUGGACAAUCGUCGGCCCGACGAGGAUCCCUUGGAAUAUCGAGAAAACAUCUUUGACUUUGAACCCAAGGCGAAGAGAUGGCGGGGCCAACGGAAAGUGCUCGUGGAGGAAAUUACGGAUUCUCCCGCGCCCACUGGGGAUUCGAAUGACCUAUUUCACGCACCGGAAAAUUGCGUGAAGGAAGCGAUGGAGGGAGAAAAUGAAAACGUCCCCCAGCUCACAGAAGUCGUUUUACCUGGAACUUCAGUAGAUGCUUCCGGUACACAGCUUUGUCAAAGUGUCUCUACUGAAGAUCCUGAAGAAUAUUCUUCUCCCACCACAUAUGCCUCCCAAAAUUCUUCAAUUCACUCAGAAUACUUUUCCGAGUCGGAACAUUCAGUUGAAGGUACUCGGUCACAGUUCGUCCAGCCUGAUGACAACGAAGCACACGGCCAGGAUGAACCAUUUGGCGAUAAUGGCGACAUCUGGGACCUUCCACAAAUAUCCAAGUCGGAAGCAGAAUGUAAUCCAGGGGAAUAUUGCGCUCAUCUUGUCAGUAACGAUGGUCAGCAGCCAACUGAAGACCAUGAAGAUUACAUCUGUGACUCAUCUUCAAUACAAAACCUUGAAGAAGAACAGCCAGGUGAGGAAAGAGUAGAACGUAAUUCAAGGCCAGAAUUCGUACACCCUGAUUGGAAUUGGGCUGGUCCACUUGAAGGAAUAGUUGACGAGAAUGAAGAUUACGUCCGCGAUUCAUCUUCAAUCGAGAACCAUCCACAAAUGUUAGAAGAAGAAGAUCUAACAAAUGGUUCACAAAUACUAAAGGCUGGUUUCGGAUCCAAUCAAAAAGCUCCAUUUGAAGAUACAAAGCAAUUAUGUACAAUCCUCCUCGAACCAAAUCAAGAGGAAGAAAAAGAUAACCCGAUUGAAGAUAUCAGUGAUCCAGAAUCCUCUCAGUCACCUCACAAGCCCACUGAAGAUAAUAAAGAACCGUCCGUUCCUAACGUUCCAUCAAGUUUGGAGGAGGCAUCUCUCAUUUUAAUGUCAAUUGACACAGUUUCUUCUGAAGAAUCACUCUGUAAUCCAAUCCAAGAUGAUAGGCAACUCUCGCCGCGGAUUGUAACUGAAGAAGAUUGGAAACGUAAAGAAUUAGAGAACGCUGAUAUCUCGAAGAUUAUUGAGGAAAUUGUUUCCAAUAUCCCUAAUCUUGAAAAUGAUGAAGAACUGUUACAAGAGGACUCUUUGGAAGAGUUAUCAGCUUUAGAAACUGUGGCGGUUUCGGAAUUCACUACCCAAAUGGCAAUCGAUGAGUGCACCAGCACAGAAAUACUUUCACCCAUCGAGAAAGAUUCCGGAAUUUCCAUUUCUUCGGCGGUGCAAACAGAACCGGAGACGUGCGUUUCAUUUCGAGAUGCUCUAAACGAAAUAAUCGAACGCACGCAGAUGAAGCGCGAAGAUUUUACGUCCUCCGACUCUGAAAGCGACAGUGAAGACGAAGAGAGGCCGUUUUACAAGUCACUCGACAAGGAUCUGGACAAGGUUGAAGGUGUCGAAACGUCGGAGGUCACGUGCGAAAUUUACACGCGGCCCAAACCCGAACGGCGCACGAUCAAGAUCGGCGACGACGACUGCGACCUGAACGACGUCAGAGAGCUGCUCACCUGGCAGAUCAACACGCGGCUGGACAACACCGUCGUACCGCUACCCUACCAGAAACCUCAGAGCGCGGACGAGAUCAAAGACGACGAGUGCCUAACGUACCAGAUGAUCGAUAGGCGUGAGAAGUCGACUUACAACGAUUACAUUCGGGAGUGCGACGCGAGGAUUCCCGACGUCGAGCGUAAGGAGCCGAUGGUGACGAACAUGCUGCAGAUGACGCCGAGCGUGUCGGUCUUCGGCGACAGUCGCGAGCACGAUCGCGAGCAAAUGGCGAAGCUGAUCGAGCGAAGGAAGGGCACCGAGGAGGAUAGCAUCGAGAACACCCUCAUCAUGGUGAAUUCGCUGUCGGACAUGAGAAUGGACAUGCUCCGAUUUUCCGAGGACGUGAAAGCGUUUACGGAGAAAUACAACAGGGAGUAUCAGGAUCUGAUGGAGACGUUCAUUCGCAGUUACAACGAGUGCAAUGACAAUCGUGAGAAUUACGAAGGACUCGUCGAUGACGAAGCGGUCGACUGUGACGAAGAGUUGGGGAAAAAGCCCGGCUGCGAAUGUCCAGAAGAUCCCAUGCAAAGAGAAGGCAGAGACGAUGAGGAAGAUAGGCCACCAGGUUCUCCGAGAAUUGUAAGAAGCGCCAUAAAUUGCACAUUGGAAAUGCAACUGGCAAAAGAAGCGGAGUAGGCAAUUGUUUUUGUUUAUUUUGUAAUAAAAGCUAAGAUUUCUGCUGCGUCCUGUUUUGUUGGGUUAAAA